CAAAGGCAGUUUGGUUCAAGACAUUGUAGGAAACGGUCGUGUUGCCGUCUCUCGGCCGGCUGCGAUCUGGCAGGAUUCAAGUGUUUAUUUCGGGAGUGAAGUUUUGUUAGUCUCCUUUGAAUGGAUGCCGCACGCUUGGUUACGUAAACGCUCCAACUUGUGUGUGCUAUAAGGAUCAUCGUUAUAAAACUAUUUGCUCAGUUGUUUUGCUAAAUGUGUGCCGGAAUAUGAAUCAUUUUGCACUGAUAACUUUUUGCAGCGUCUAAUCUUUUGUGGUAUAAACGUGUGUACUAUUUACAUAACAGAUCUCGAUAACGAAUGACUUAUAUAAAAAUAUUAUUCAGCCAAAUGUUUAUGUUAUCACUGUACUCUGUGAAAGUUGGUGACUUGUGUACGCGAUUAAUGUUUAUUGGUUUGUGACAAUGAUAACUCCUCAUGGAUAGUGAGGGCAGGUUAGUGUUUUGGAAGAGUGGUGUGUGGGAGGGUGGUGCACCGACACUUGACUGCAACACGUGCAAGAAAAGGCGCGCUGACAGAAUGAGUGCCAAUGAUCGUCCCCAGGGUGAGCUGAAGAAGCUAUCCGAGGAGAGUCUCACGCGGCAGCCCGAGGAAGUUUUCGACAUUAUUUGUAAAUUAGGGGAGGGCUCAUAUGGCAGCGUCUACAAGGCGUUACACAAGGAGAGCGGACAGGUGCUGGCCAUCAAGCAGGUGCCGGUGGACACUGACCUGCAGGAGAUCAUCAAGGAGAUCUCCAUCAUGCAGCAGUGUGACAGCCCCUACGUGGUCAAGUACUACGGUAGUUACUUCAAGAAUACAGACCUGUGGAUCGUAAUGGAAUACUGUGGAGCCGGUUCAGUAUCAGAUAUAAUGAGGUUACGAAAGAAGACCCUGUCAGAGGACGAGAUCGCGACGAUCCUGUGCGACACGCUCAAGGGACUGGAGUACUUGCAUCGGAGAAGAAAAAUCCACCGGGACAUCAAAGCGGGGAACAUUCUGCUCAACACGGAGGGGCACGCGAAGCUUGCCGACUUUGGUGUUGCUGGACAGCUUACAGACACGAUGGCGAAGCGGAACACAGUGAUCGGCACGCCGUUCUGGAUGGCGCCAGAGGUGAUCCAGGAGAUCGGCUACGACUGCGUGGCGGACAUCUGGUCGCUGGGCAUCACCGCGCUCGAGAUGGCCGAGGGCAAACCGCCCUACGGGGACAUACACCCCAUGCGCGCUAUAUUCAUGAUACCCACUAAACCGCCGCCCUCUUUCAGAGAGCCGGACCAGUGGUCGAGCGAGUUUAUAGACUUUGUAAGCCAGUGCCUGGUGAAGAACCCCGACGAGAGAGCCACCGCAGAGUUCCUACUUGCGCACGAGUUUAUUGGCAAUGCAAAGCACCCCAGCAUCCUGAGCACGAUGAUCGCAGAGGCGCGCGAGAUCCGCGAGAGCCAGGCCUUCAGGACCGCCAACGCCGCCGGCAACGCCAAGAACUUCGCCUCGGAGGCGGAGUACUCGGAGGCGACGAUGCGGCAGCCGCGCGGCGACGGCACGCUGGUGCCGGCGCGCGAGCCCCGCGACGCCGAGCUGGCCGCCGACCUCGGCACCAUGGUCAUCAACGAGCCCGACGCAGACGCGGACCUCGACCUCGACCUCGCCACCAUGAAACGCCACGACACGGAUCCUAUGGACACGAACCGACCGAAGUACCGGCCGUUGUUUCUGGACCACUUUGAGAAGAAGGAGCUCAACCACCUCGGCGCCGCGCCCAACGGCGGCAUCGCGCUGCGGCGGCUGCCCGACGACCAGGACCUCGCUGAGAGCGCGGUGACGGGCGCGGAGGCGGCGGCGGCCAACGCGCUGGCGUUCCAGCGCGCGUUCGCGGACGACGGCAACUUGGAAUUCCUGUCGUUCCUGCCGGUGGCGGAGCUGGAGGCGCGCAUGGCGCGGCUGGACGCGGAGAUGGAGGCCGAGAUCGAGCAGCUGCACGCGCGCUACACGCGCAAGCGGCAGCCCAUCCUCGACGCCAUACACCUCAAGCGCAAGCGCCAGCAGAACUUCUAGCCGCCGCCACCGCCGCCACCGCCGCCACCACCGCUGCCACCGCCGACACGCUGUCGUGAUGUACUACGUGUACGGGUAAGGGUACUGUCACAUUGGACGCAAAUCCCGUCGUCGAUCACGUACCGGCGGCGUCAGUAUUGAUGACUACGUACGGAUAGAGAUAGAAUCACAUGAAACAGAUAUCUUAUCAUCGAGCACCCGCCUGCGUUGUAUUUUGUACCUACGGUAUACUUAGGAUUCGUCGCUGUUGUUAGAUUUAGUGUUGAUACCGCCACAUAACACGUUAAAGGUAGUUUCACAUUGAACGGAUAUCCCGCUGCCGGCCAUUCUCAAUCUAAUAAUGUGUCGGAUUGUCGCAAGACAAGGGUAAAGAUGGUACUACAUUGAGAAGAUAUCCCGUUGCCUUUUUUUCAUUUGUUAAACAUUUAUUGUUAGUACACUACGCGAAAAGAACGAUGUCGUUCAUAAUUCUCUAUUGUAAAUACUAAGAAAAAUAUGGUGAAAUUUUAUGAAACGGCGAUAAGAUGUACAUUACUGUCGACUGUUCUUUUCAUUAGCGUAAUGUCUAUUCAAUGUAAUGCUAGCCUGAGAUUUGUGCGUUUUUUUUAUCUAUUUUGUCCGUACAAUCAAUCUCGCAACAUGAAGACAGAAAUUUAAAUUUUAAAUUAUUUGCACAUUUAUCCCACAUAAAACUCUCUCAUGUCGUAUAGUUUGUACGAACUAGGAGAGCGUCGAACGGCUGUCGAUAUCAAGGACAUGCGGUGUUUCAUAUUGUGCAGAACAACUGCAACUAUCAAUACAUUGGGUGCUUCUCUCAUGUAAUAUAGUCCAUAUUUGAUAGCUUUUACGUUUUCUAGUUAAGGAAUACGCAGUCAUAUCACUGCAUCAUACAUAACGCUGUCGUCCACUAUCAUUUGUACCCGCAAAUGUAUUCCAUACGAGGUGCUUUCAAUAGGGGUGCCAAUUGUACAGCGUUCCUAAAAUCGGAGUGGCUCGUUUUGAGUCGCCGAUCUCUAAAUCGGCCUAUUUUUUAAUUGGCUUUUUGCAUUUAUACCAGUUUUGGCCAAAAUGACGUGCCAUUAAUGGACUGAUGAAUGAUUUCUUUCGAACUAGUGUCACAAGAUUAGUGAAUGAAUUGUGCGGUGACAUAGAGAUAGGCUAGUAACUAGUGUAGUGUGUUAAUAUUUGUUUUAGUGUAGAUAAUAUAUAGGUUACACUGUUAAGGAUACUGAGACAUAUCCCCCUAGCUGUUCGUACGUGACGUUUCGUAUCGCCACUCUUCGACUGUGCCGGCAUGUCUCGAUAGUUAUCGAUCGAUUAUCGAUCAAUAUCAGUUGUUGAAUCGUAAUUAUUCGAUUACACUUGCGCGUUACUUACGCUAAAGAUAUGUAGAUAGUGACCAUAAUCGUUUUACUAAAAACAGUCCAUUUUUUUUCUAUUGUAUGCGUGAACUAACAAUUACUGUUGGUAGUUUUUUGACGUUUUCCAUUUCUUUGUCAAACAAUAUAGAUAUACGAAAAAAGAGAUUGUAUAUAAAUUAAACUUAAUAUAAAAAUCACAGUGAAUAAAUUGUGAUAUAGCUUUUAUAAAUUUUUAUACCAAAUGCCCAGUAAACAUCAGUAUAUUCUCUUUUCAAAUAUACUUCAUCUGCGUACCGGCCAGUCUGAAUAUCGACUGCAAAUCUCCUUCUAACACAUCUAGGUUACCUGCAUCUAAGUUUGAAUAGAAUAAAAUAUAAUUUUAUUGCUAACUGUGUACAUACAUAUAGCAGUAACCAUUGCUUUGGAUUUGACAUCAGUAUCAACAGUUAUACCCUAUCGGGCAUGCUACAAUUUAAGAACAGGUAAUUAUAUUAACAUCGAAACAUUCAAAUGCUAUUACCAUUACUCGAUUACAAAUAAAUAUGAAAUAUUUGACAAUACAAUUAACAAGACAAAGAGUAAACAUAACCAAAUUAAAAUAAAGUAGACAUAAUUUCGUUUACAUGUUAAUUAUUAUUAAUUUAAUGAGUUUUAAGAUCAAAAUAUUCAUUUAAAUUAUAAAAAAAAAACAUUAUAAAAAAGCCAGGCUUCGUAGAAUACUGACGGAUCUAUAUAUAUUUGUCAGAUCCGUCAGUAUUCUACGAUUAUGACGAUAUUUGUCUAGUCACGAUUUAACAACUGGAAUCGGUCAAUAGACGGUCACUGUCUGUUUAGACUGCCGCCACUGGUUGAGUUUUCUGUUAGGAAAUGUUUUAUAUUAACAUGUCUGCGAACAACACUAUUUAUAAUCGACACACGAUCGAUAGAGUAGAUCGAACUGUAAUUUGUCUCUGAAUAGGUAAUCAGUCCGAUUUUCGUGAGCAGAUUGAUUUAAUCGAUCGAUUCUAUCGAUCGUGAACGAAACGUGUCAUAGACAAUUUCAAUUUAUCAGCAAUUUAUUAGAAUGAUACAUUAGUGUUGUUACGCAUUAUGGCGCUUGGUUUCUAAGGAGUCCAACGCGAUAACUGCUGUGUAUGAUAGCUAAUUUUUCUAUGGUGAACAGUCAAUAUAUUUUCUUUCGUUCUAGUCAACGUUGCACCUGUGUGGGUUACAUAAUAUUGUAUUAUUGUAAACGGUUUGCAAUUUGCGUGUUGUAAUACAUGCACUGAGAAGUUAGGCUUCUCGUACUGCAAAAUGCAUGAUUGCGAGUCAAUGUAUUGAAUAAUGAAUGAGAUUAUUAUAAAAGAGGAAAGAAAAUCAUUCGUUCAAAGAGAACGAAUUCGUAAAUUGUAUUUUAACAGUGUUUAUAGUUCUCACCACAGGAAAUGUUUGUGGUAGGGUACUGGUAGGUUUAUAUAAAAUAUAAACGCAGUUAAGACAUUUUCAAUACUAUGUGUAAUAGAAGGAAAGAAAAUAUAUGCCAUCGUAUAGUCAGAACGCGUUUUCAUACAUGAAAAUAUUAUUUGGGACUAGAUCCACAAUUAUAGCUCAUUAGUUUUGAAAAUUAUUCAAAUUUAAUAUAUUUUUCGUAAUACUCGUUCCGAUCGUGUCGUUUAUUUGAAAGGAUUGAUAAUUCCGAGCUUAAUGUUAACGUCAUUCACUAUUUUUAAAACUUGUCAUUCUAGAAUGACGUGUCAUAAUGGACCCCGGAAACAGUCCUGUCAAACGACACCACGAUCAAAUCCAGUUUUAUUGCAAUGUUUUCUCAUUAACAGAAAUCGUUAGGUAUCCAUAUUAUUGAUAUAAUUUUAGUUCCUUAUUGUUUAGAUCUCAAAUUAUCUCUCAUAUUGUAAUAUACAUAUAGUAAGAACACGAUCCUUGUACAUUCAUAUACGGUAGUAGGUUGUGACAAUGAAUUUAGUGAUGUCCUCUAAACCCAGUAACAGAACGCGAAAUGUUAAUAAAUAUAAUGAAAUUCUACUAAUGCUGUUGUAUUCGAGUUACGAUGCAUUUCUAUUGAACUUGAUCGUGUGGAGAUUAAUCGUACAAUAAGAUUAGCAUUUGAAGGAGUGUAUAUUGCUAAUGAUUAGUGUUAUAAAUAUAAUGUUUCCUCCUUCAGAUAUAAUAUAUAUCUAUAUAUAAAAAAAAAUACAGAUUAUUAGAAGUGCCAUUAUCUAUAAAAUAUAGUAUUUUCGUACAUCAAGCAAUAGUUGUAAUGAAUUUCGAGAUGUUUACCAGAGUGAUUAUUCGUAGUGGACACAUUAGGUGAUGAGUGCAUAUAUAUAUAUAUAUAUAUAUAUAUAUAUAUAUAUAUAUAUAUAUAUAUAUAUAUGUAUAUAUAUGUAUAUAUAUUUUAGUUUCGUGCCAUCCAAGUGCUCGGACAUGUGACGUCAGAAUACGCGCGAUGGUGGGUUUAUAUUUUUUUAUGAUUAUAAUACGGGAGUGGAACAAGAGUGUCAUCGUAUACAGCCAUAUUUAUUGUAAUAAAUAUUUUUUUUAAUUGUUAAAGGCGGCAGUGUGUGAAGUUUUUCGCGUGUAUUUUUUCUAUUGGUCGAGUAUUGUAAUGCGAGUGCUUGAUACGCUGCUGACUGGCAAUCAAAGAUGACGAUUGGGCUAUGCAUACAUUACCUUCUAUUUCUUUAUAAGGCCUUGUUUACAGAGGUGUAAAUUUGAUGCGUACUUCGAGGCUCCAGGGUUACAUCUAUGUUUGUAGAAGAAAGUGACUGUGCAGAACGCACCUUUUUAGAGUAUAUUUUUAAAUUUUAUAUUUUGUUUUCGAUAUCUGACAAUGUCAUGAUUGAGUUAUUAUAUUUCUCUCUACUUUCUUUCUAUUUUUCAAGUGCAUAUCUCUCAUUAAAAAUGACACGUAAUUAUAGGCAUGACAGUUAUAUACAUGCCUAUAUAUGAUGAAUAGAUCACUAAUCGCCUCUUUCCAUUAGACCAGCACAAUCUCUUGCCUCGUUCAAGUGGCAGGUAAAAUCUCAUUACCUAUCUCUCUAAUUUGCUUCUAUGCUUACUACAUGUGAUUUACUUUGAUCUAUUUAGUAUUCUUGUAUAUUUAUGUUUACAUGUAUAUAUGUAUUGUAAUCUUAUUUUUAUAUAAAUAAUAUUUAGAAUUUUGUUUGAUUUCUUUUUUGUAUUUAUUGACUCUGACUAGCGCCAUCUACCUUUCUCUCUGUACUUAUCUACUAUUUAUGCCAGGUUGUCUGUAAGAGAUUGUUUUUAGCGAUAAGGCAGCCUCUUGUAUAUGCACGUUCUGUACAAAUACUCCUUGUAUACAUCUCUAUUGCAGGCAAUAAAGAGUUUAUUAUUAUUAUUAAGAGGACAGAUGUGUUGCCCUCAUAAAAAUAUUUUACGACUAGGAUUUUUUUUUAAAUCACAUGUUUUUCUACGCAUUUGGUUAUAAGUCUUGCGACUGAUGUCCAAUAUAUUAAAAAUUAAUAUAGUAAAAUUAAAUAUGUCUGUGUAUUGGUCUCAAUAAUUAUAUGUUUAAAAUGUAUCUAUUAUGUAUCAUACUAAACUCUGCAUUUUUUUACUAUUGAAACUGUCCUGCUUUUUUUUUUUGAUCGGUGUAAAUGGUAUGGUAACCCCGCCUACGCUAACGGGAUACGCUGGCGGAGCACCAGUGAAGGGUGAUAGAUGAGAAUGAAAACAGGCCAGUUAAACCCAUCAUGAUGAAUUCAUCAGGAAUUAACCAUGAUAGUUUCCAGAGAGAACCGCAUAGGAGGUCGACCUGGUUGGGUAUAUUGCUAGCAAUAGCUAUUCUCAGUCUCCAUUACUAACAAUCCCUUUCUCCCUAACUGUCCUGCUAUUGAUAAGUCUCACCUGAUGAAACGUUGUCUAAGAUGGGACUCGCGAUGGGGAUCCACGUAAGCGUCUCUGUAAACAAGGCUAAUGUACAGGGUAAAUUAUAAGUAAAACGUAAUAAUUACAUUGCUUAUCUACAAUGCUGCUUUGUAAAAUUUUUUUCUCUCUCGAUUACUUACUGUAAACAUGACUUUGUGUAAAGGGUCAAGGGCGCGCUCAGAUAUGAACAUACCUAAUAUCAUAUUGUGUUCAGUAAUCUGUAAAGUGAUAUAUAGGAUCGUUAUAUAUCAUAAAAACACAUGAUUUGUCAAGUAAACCACCUUACCACCAUUGUCUCUGUCAUUGUAUACCAAAUAUGGCCAUUGACAUCAUGUUACUACGAAGUGUUCAUAUCUACUAGCAUCCUAAUGUCACAGAAAUUGAAUCCAGGAACAGUAUACCAGUCUGUAAAAUAUAAGUAUGACGAAUAAAUAUAAUUAAGAUUGUAAUAUUGUCACUAAAUAAUUGAUUUUUAUGUACACAAGAGAAUCGUAUCGGGCCUACUUGUAAAGCUGCUAGGCUAACAUUUAUGACUGUGAUAAGGAAGCUAAAAUAAAACAUUCUAGAAGAUUCCAAAUAUUUCUUCUCGUUGUCUGAUUAUCUCACAUAUAAAUUGGGGUUUGAAUUAGGUAUUUUGAGUUCUAUUUAUUGGUAAACAUAAACUAAAAUUUCAUCCCAACCAUCUGGACGAAUGGCGGUCCUCCACAGUGCGUUUUUCAAGGCACUUUCUUCCACGCACAACCACUCUUUGGAAUCAACUUCCAGCAGCAGUAUUUCCGAACCGAUACGACAACAUAACCUUCAAGAGCAUAUUCCUUUUUAAAAGGCCGGCAGCACACCUGCAAUGCCGCUGGUGUUGUGGGUGACCAUGGGCGGCGGUAGUCACUUACCAUCAGGUGAGCCGCAUGCUUGUUUGUCCCGUGUUGUAAAAAAAAAAUAAUAAUAAAUAAAUAACUAGUAUAUUUCAAGUUGUCUUUAGUAUUCACAAAUCUUAUAUAAGUAGAUGCGUUCUAUUUUUGAAAAUUGCAACACUUGCUACUCGUGUGAGGGUGGCUUUCUCUAAUGUCGAAGAGUUUCGAAACCGUCUUUCUCUUGUAUAGGCUACGGUAAUUCCGUUUGCCAUCAAACGGGCCGUAUGUUUGUUUGCCACCAUUUUAGUAUAUAAAAAAAAAACAAAGAAUUUUUAGACAUUAAAAAUAUAUAGUUAUUUCAGUGACAAUCUAACUGUACGUUCCAAAUUGGAUACAAAUAAUGUGACAUUGUAUACUGACCUGAGUUUGCGCAACCUGCGUCUUAAUACACCAUAUAUUAUGUUAAUUACGUGCAUUUAACAUGCACUGGCCGGUGCACUGUCGGCGUAUUGAAUAAGGUCGUUAAUCGAACAAAACUGUACAUUGUUAAGGUUUCGUUGAGUGUUAUCAUAAGUUUGUUGUUGGACAACGACGAGUGAGGAGUAGCUUCAUUGUAUUAUUAGGGCGGAUGGCACACGUGUCGUUGGAAGCGUAUCUUUGAAAUAUUGACGUUUUCUCUCGCUAUACUGUUAACUCCUAAUUCGUAAAUACAUCAUAUAAACUCUCAUAUCCCUUUCAGACCUGAACGAUACGGGCGUGAGUUGUAACUUUAAAAAGUUCUAAAACCGCGCGCAAUUCAUUUUUACGCACGAAGCUGUAAUAACAUGAUAGUGAGAUUCUAAACCAGCCAAUAAGAAAUCAUUUUAGCGGUUAGGUGGUGUAGUAGUCUCGUGCGUGCCGGCAAGAUGGCUUGGCUCCGAAACACGAAAAUACAUUUAAUCCGAAAGAAAAAAAAUCUUGGGUCUGAAAGGGAUAAACAUAUUUUAACUAUUGAGAUGUUUUCGUCUCUUUCUUUUGUGCUUAAUUCUCAGUUUGAAUGAAAGUGACAAAACACUGUAAUAGUUAAAGUAGGUUUAUGAGGUUUUAUUUUUUAUAAAUAUGAGGGUAGUAUUAAAUUGUAGUAUUUUGUUCUUGUCAACUUGUUACUGUAAUGAAUAUAUUGUAAUGAUGAUGGGUCCUAAAUUAAAUCUUGUGUAAAUAGUAAUACACACGAUAGACUCGAUUUGUCGUUUUUGAAACAAUUUAU